UCCUAUCCUCGAUAACUGAAUUCCUCUCGUCCAACCAUCCCAACACACAGCACAGCAGUCCGGCGGUUCGGGUAGAGUGGGUCCCGUUUGGAGUGCUGACUCACCACCUCUGCUCACUCCCACAAUUUUGCUUUUCCACCCGCGGAUCGGUUGGACUCUUUGACUGACUAAUCAAAAUUUCUCCUUUCAUCAUCUACGUCCAAGAUCUCAGACUCCCGAUUCCCUAACUCCACACUUUCUUUCAGGUCAAUCAUGGCCUGGUUUCGGACCCUGACCCGAUUUUCCGCCACCGCCAAAUCGUGGCCGGUCAGAACCAUACCCACCUCCCCGUCUCUGCUACUGACUUCGCUUCGCUACUUCAGCACAGGCGCCGCCGUCGACAAUCGCCCUCCGCCGGCCCGCUGCGGAGACUUGGAGCCCACCAGAGGCGGCGAGAAGCCGAGGGUGGUAGUGCUGGGAUCCGGAUGGGCCGGCUGCCGGCUGAUGAAGGGAAUCGAUACCAACAUCUACGACGUCGUAUGCGUUUCGCCGAGGAAUCACAUGGUCUUCACGCCCCUCCUGGCCUCCACUUGCGUCGGGACGCUGGAGUUCAGGUCGGUUGCCGAGCCUGUGGGUCGGAUCCAACCCGCCAUUUCGACGGAGCCCGGUUCCUAUUUCUUUCUCUCCAAUUGCAAGGGGAUCGACGCUGAGAAUCGCCGGGUGCAUUGCGAGACUGUGACUGAAGGACCAAACACACCGGACCCAUGGAAGUUCAACGUAUCGUAUGACAAAUUGGUAAUUGCCUUGGGAGCCGAGGCCUUGACGUUUGGCAUCCGUGGCGUGAAUGAACAUGCCAUUUUCCUCAGAGAAGUUCAUCAUGCUCAGGAGAUAAGGAGGAGGCUGCUCCUGAAUUUGAUGCUGUCUGAUGUCCCAGGCACUACGGAGCAAGAGAAGAGCAGGUUGCUGCAUUGUGUUGUUGUUGGAGGUGGCCCUACGGGAGUUGAAUUCAGUGGAGAGCUCAGUGAUUUUAUCACCAAGGAUGUUCGCCAAAGGCACGCCCACGUCAAGGAUUACAUCCGUGUUACUUUGAUUGAGGCGAAUGAGAUUUUGUCUUCCUUUGAUGAUCGUCUGCGCCAGUAUGCUACCAAACAAUUGACUAAGUCAGGGGUUCGGCUUGUUCGUGGGAUAGUCAAGGAUGUUGAAUCUCACAAAAUAGUUCUUGAUAAUGGAACAGAGGUCCCUUACGGUUUACUGGUUUGGUCCACGGGCGUUGGCCCUUCAUCUCUUGUCAAAUCUCUUGACCUGCCUAAAUCUCCUGGUGGAAGAAUAGGGAUUGAUGAGUGGCUGCGGGUGGCCAAUGUGCCGGAUGUGUUUGCAAUUGGUGACUGUAGUGGGUUUGUCGAGAGCACCGGUAAACCAGUCCUACCCGCUUUAGCGCAGGUUGCAGAGCGGCAAGGAAAAUAUCUUGCUGGUCUACUGAAUCGAAUUGGCAAAGCUGGAGGAGGACGUGCAAACAGUGGAGCGGAAUUAGACCUUGGUGAUCCAUUUGUGUACAAACAUAUGGGAAGCAUGGCUACUAUUGGGCGGUACAAGGCUCUCGUGGAUCUUAGAAAGAGCAAAGAGGGCAAAGGGAUAUCCCUGGCGGGUUUCUUAAGCUGGUUUAUAUGGCGGUCAGCAUAUCUUACACGAGUUGUAAGCUGGAGGAACCGGUUCUACGUUGCUGUUAACUGGCUUACAACGAUGGUGUUUGGUCGGGAUAUCAGCAGAAUAUGAAAGGAAGAGGGAGGGAAAGGUAGAGUUUGCUAGACUCUCUUGGAUUUGGUAAAUUGGUGGUGAUAACAUCGACAUUUACUUCUUUUGCAUGUUUCUGCAACUUGUUUUCCACCUCGAGGCAGCCCAAGUACAGGCACUGCAUAAUAUCUAAUUCCACGCGAGGCUGUUCCUAUGCUCCUUGUCUAAAGCUUGUUCUGCCCUUGGUGAUUAUUCGAGGUACAAAUUUACUCUCUGUUUCUCAAACAAAGAAGGAUGUACAGUAAAACCUCAUUCCUAUAAAAACAAACAUGUGAUGUACAUUCCCGGUGCUUUUGGCUUUAGCCUUUAGUUACCCUGUUCAUACUGCUUUACUUCAGUACAGAUGACACUGCAUUGUAAAAUUGGACACAAUUAGCCUCGUCACUUUCUGCAUUAGGAUUUAGGAAUUUGGAUUAUAUGCAGUGUUGGAUCACCUGCCAUCCGAUCAUUCGACUGUUGUUGGAUCAAUGUUAUAACAUUUUCAUAAACACCCUCAAUUUGC